UCUGCAGUGUUGUUCCUGUACGAUGCUUUGAUCACCACCGGGGACGAGAUACAAUGCUUUUGGGGAAAGAAAUUGACAGGCGCGGCGAUCCUGUUCUGGCUGAACAAGUACAUCACGACGUUCUUCAUGGUAUGGAGCAUUACCAGCUACUUC